AUGGCGCGCAUCGUGACGCGACAGAACUUGGCAAUGGCCUUUAUUUUCCUCCUCGCAGUCCGGGAUGUGUCUGCGGCACGCGACAGCUAUCUCGCAGGAGAGCUGGCAUCUCUGUCUGCGCUUUCUGCAGAUGCGAAGACGGAGCAGGAGGAGCGCAAUGCUGCAGUGAGGGCAGCUGGCUCCUUCUCCAUCGACACCAUGUGGAGUAAAGGCGACGACACUGCGUGGUUUUCAUCGCUCACUUGGCUUCAGUCCGAGGUGAAGUUUGCUUACAAAGAUGGGGCUGCUGGAGACGUGGCGCAGUACGUGGAAGUGACCGGCCUGGACAAGCCCUAUCGCCUGCUGCCGGAUACUGUGGUAUUGAACCAGGAGAUCAACGGCAUGUCGGUGGUCGGAAUUGUUGGCUACCAGGAUAAGCUGGACAAGCUGUGUGUUUCGGCCUUCCAGCCCAUAGUCGCCGUAGUUGCCAAAACUUAUGUUUUUCAUGGCUUUGUUCGGGCCCUUCUGCGCGGCAUUGACUUGGCUCGCCGGUUCUGGCGCCAACAGUGGCAGGCUUGGGACUCGAAGACCUCCACGUACGGCUCCAGCGUCUACAACAAGAAGAAGGCCUUGUUCCUCCGCACCGAGAAGAAUCCCGUCAUUGGCGUGACCACUGAGCUCAGUAGGGUUCUUUACGUGGCCCGCCAAGCAGGGCUCAAGGUCUACAAGAGCAACAAGGCAGACGCCAAGGCGUACUACUUCGAUGGCGGCAAGGUAAAAACCAUCUCGGAAGCCGAGGUUAACUUGCAUGCUACGCCUGCGCCUGAUGUUCUGGCAAUCAAGAUGGAUGGCCAAGCGGACAAGGCACUCAGAAAGCCCAAUUUGGAGCUGAUGACUGCGGUGGACGCCAUGCUCGGCCAGAGCUCCUGCCUGAACAGCCCCUCCUUAUGCGCCUUCAGGUGCACUUACGACUCAGAAAAGGACGUCUGCGGACCCAUCGGCUUCUGCCACAAGGCGGGCGGGUGGGAACGCGCAAUGACUUCCCAGUCGUUCCCCUUGCAAAACCCUAAAAACGAGACCCUAAAUACUUAA